CAGAAAAGUUUGCUCCGUUUGCUUUUGCGCUGCGUUAACGAAAAGCAAGAAAACUCCGUUUUCUACUGUGCGUUAUUGAAAAAGAUUGUUGAAAAGACAGCAUAUUCAAUAGUAGUGCGUGGUUAAACUGUUUUAGUAGUGUUUAGGACUACUCAGGCGAUUUAUCAGCAAGAGGACAGGUAGAAGCACCUUUCUGGAAGUUGUGUGCCGUUGCUUUGCUUCAUACUACACACGUCGUGGCGGAAAGGGACAAAGGCACGACGAGCCACAACAACGUUGGACGGGAGAAGCACGUGUGAUCGAAACGAUUGUGUUCCGUUUGUAGAUCAUCAUCAGUAAAAAAAUUGUCAACUGACUAUUCUACGGAUCUAACACGACGUCGAUCGCCGAUCGCAUUCACUCGUAAUUCGAAGGAGUAUGUUGAAUUAGAAAGAAAGAAAUCGAAUCGACAAAAGCCGUGUUUGGCUUGGCGGUGGUCGGUGGUGCCAACGCUCCUUUAUCUUCUGCUGUGCUCGUGUUCGACGUUACUACUACUGGUGGCUCUGUGGUUUCCCUAGAGCCCGGGGAAACAUAUCUUUCCGACCGAAGGGACCCAAACUGGACGGCGCGAGCAUGAGCGUGAUAAUUCGCCUGCAGAAGCUGCCCUUGACGGCCAAUGCGUCCGAUGUGCGCAGCUUUUUCAGAGGGCUGUCGAUUCCCGAUGGUGGCGUCCAUAUCGUCGGCGGUGAACUAGGCGAUGCCUUCAUUGCGUUCAGCACCGACGAAGAUGCCCGCCAGGCGAUGGCCCUCAAUGGAGGCCGGAUAAAUGGCGAACCGAUAAUGCUACUGCUUUCCUCUCGCGCCGAAAUGCAAAAGGUGAUCGAUCAGGCGCGCAAGGCAGCCCUCAGCUACAUGCAAAUGAGUCGAGUCGUCCCGACGGUGGUAGCGGCCAGUGCCACCGGUGUGAUGUCGGGCCUCCAAAAAGUUGCCCUUCCGGAGACAAAAAUACAACCAUCGAUCAUCCCUCAGGCCGUUGGCGCACUUGGUGCGAUUGCCUCGGUCGCCGCUUCGUUGCCACGGUUCAACAAUCCGCCACCGGCGUUAAACAACCCGGCCGUGCAGCAAAAACCUCAACCGCCGGUGAUCAGCCUGUCCGGGUUUCUGGCCAAUGCAGUAAGAAAUCCGUUGGGUGGUAGUUCACUUCCUACUCCUGCUUCUGCCACCAGUGUGCCUUCCGGUGGUUCGAUGGCUACACAAUCGUCUGCUUACGGGUCCAUGUUGUCCCAGGGAUCGUCCUACAACGAGAUUCCGGGCUUGUCCGUAGGAAAUCCGGUUGACACGAGCCCUUCUUUGAGCGUGAACAAUCUCUCUGGAUGGCUUUCGGCUUUAAAUGGGCAGCUGCAGACUAAAGCACCAAGUACAUCACUGAACGGGGGCAUCGAUACCAGCUUUCUAGCGAACAGUGUAACGCCGGUGAACCUGAACGGCCAGCAGAAGGACGCCAACAGUGAGAACUCCUGGAAGUUUCUGAAGAAGGAACGCCGCAGUCGUUCUACUUCGAGAGAGCGUGGUGGAUAUAAGCGCAGUGGCCGGAGUCGUUCGUCGUCACGUGAUCGCGAUCUGAAGCGGGAUCGCCGCAGCCGCUCUUCGUCGCGUGGAAGAAGCUACAAACGGAACGGUCGAAGUAGAUCUUCCUCGCGCGAUCGUGGCAGCCGAUCGUGGUCGCGCGAUUCCAGCCGGGACUACAGUCGUCGCUAUCGCAACAGUCGUAGUCGCAGCUCGAGUCGCGAUCGUUUUGGACGCACACGGCAGCGUAGCCGAUCGCGAUCGCCACGAAACCAUCAGAACAGCCGCGAUAGAAGCAUGGAACCAUCGGGCAAUCCGUACGAUCGUGACAUCCGACAGGGGCAAAACCGUCCUUGGGCUUCUAAUUUCAGCGGCAGAACGGCGGGCUACAAUGGAUCGCAACAGACCCAGCAGUGGAACGGGAUGGAUAAGGGUUUCCCGGGGAACUCUAAACCGAUGGACGCCGGUGGGAUGACUCGACACGUGGAACCGAUCUUUGGACUGCAUACGCAGGGAAGCGCCCAAUCUGGUGGUAUGCACUUCUUACCGUCUCGUAGCGGUAAAAUAUCCCCCCUCCCGACUUCCAAUGGAGCGUUGUCUAGCGGUGCUGAUGGCGGUGGUCCAUUCCGCAAUACUUCUCCCCUGCCGGAAAGUGUUUACUCGAUCAACUUCAACAACGGUGGCAUAACAAAUGAUUACUCCGUCAAGGUGUCCAAUCUGGAUUCACUCACGGGAUACGGAGAAAUUCGUCGCUUCUUCAAGUCGCAGGUCAUCUCCAACCAGGGCAUUAAGAUGAUAAACGAUCAAAAUGGACGCCGGACCGGGGUGGCGUAUGUGCAGUUCCUACACAAGGAUGGAAAGCGUAGGGCCAUGUCGCGCGAUGGUUCAAUGCUACGUCUUAUGCGCCUCCGGAUCGAAUCCAUCACCGAUCAGGAGUUUGAGCAGGCCAUCGAUUCGUAUCGUCCCGGCAUGGAUGUUAAGGAUUAUCAGCCACCGCAGCAGCAGCAAAAUCACAUGCAACAGCAGCAGCAACAGCAACAGAAUACGCAGCCCUGGGGUGCGUCGGGAACCGGAUCAUCAUGGAAUGCUCAUGGUAAAGACAGCUCGAACGACACGAACGAUCAGAGUGGUAGAAAACAGCAAAAAGCGGUCGAAUAUCAACCGACUAGCACGCUGAAGGUGUGGAACCUGCCAACGUUCUCCACGGAGCAGGACAUUAUGAAGAUGUUCUCCGACUUUACCGUCGUCGAGGUGCUGAUCGUGAAGAAUCAUCUGAUCCCGAAGCAGCUGGAUGGGUACGUUCGGUUUCAUCGGCAGGAGGACGCGAAGGAGGCGUGGUUACAGGUGCACCGGCACUACAUCGGCAACAAGAAGGUUUCGGUACGAAUGUGUCCCGAGCUGGAUUACGUGGUGGCAAAGAAUGAGUAUGAAAAUCCGGGCGUUGCGUCACCGAACGCGGCUGACGCGCCGAAGGAUCCGGAGGAUGGGCGGAUGAACAGUUCGGACGAGCAACCCUCCGGAGCCGGUGAGUCGACGGCCGACGGUGGGAUGGAUCGGGAGAAUGAUAAUCAAAGCAACGGCGAUACCAGCGGCAACAACGGUGAAGCCGGUAGCGAGCGGUCUAUGGGCAGUAACGAGCGCCGUGAUGAAGAGGGUGGUAAUGGUGCUGGUAAUGGUAAUCGAAGAACAGGCGGCGGUGCACGGAAGAAGCGUUGGGAUACGGAAAAGAACUGGGACGAGGAGGAGGGAAAUCCACGCGUUGCUAUUAAGGCACUCGAUAAUGCACCACAACGCCAGACGGAUUCUGAUGCGGGCGCUGGCUCGGACACGAACUCGUCGUGGGUUGAUCGUAACAUGCGAAUGAACAGUGGCGAUGAUCGUGAAAGCUCACAAACAGGUGAUUAUGGCAAUGGAAACGGAGAAAAUAACAACAACAUGCGCAAUCGUCGCAUGCAACAGGGUUCAUCUGGCGGUCGUGGUGGUGGUGGUGGGCGGUUCAGCAGUGGCAACUCGGUCGACAAUGGUGACAUGUUCCAGCGAACCACCUGUCUGCUGCUGCGCAACGUCGACUUCCAGGUGUUCGAGGAGGACGUGUUUCAGUUCUUCGCCCAGGAUGGCUUCCAGGCGAAAAACGUACUGUUGGUACACAACGAGCGUGGCAAGCGGACGGGCGAGUGUUUGGUGGAGUUCAACUCACCGAGCGAGGCAGCCCACGCCGAGUCCAAAUCGUCGCAGAAUCUUGGCCGCCGGAAGGUGUUCGCUAGCCACCUCGAUCGUGGCCAGGUCGCGGAUAUGAUGAAGCACUUCGAUGCCAUCUCCACGGGGGUGCGGGAGAAUCCGGAAGACAGUCAGGGGGUGGGCUGUGGACCGUACCGCACCUCGACGGUGGGCCUUUUGAACUUGGCGUACAAGACGACGGAGGAGGACGUGCAAAACUUUUUCCGCGAGUUUGACCUCCCGUUGGAGAACAUUCGCAGACGGUUUCUGGACAACGGACAGGCCACCGGGGAGGCGAUGGUACGGUUCGCAAACCACAUCGACGCGGAAAAAGCACUGAACGAGUAUCAGAACAGGAAGCUGUUUGGCCGAAAUGUGCGCAUUCGGUUGAUCAAUGACGAUUGAAUGUGGGUAUUGGAGGGGCGUGGGAAAUAGACUCCAAAGGAGUCACAGGUUGAACAGACGUUUCACAUCCCCACAACAGUUUUACAUAAUAAGUAGAAUGCGAAUUGACACGGAUUAAAUCGGUAUGAAAUAACGGAUUGGAAGUUCAUCACCAGUUGGAGCAAGAAGCUCGUACUUGAAGUAAUUGGUAGCAUCAGCAUAAGGAGCAUCUUACUGUACAGAUUAGUGACAACAUGUUAUAGUGUAAUUAACUUUAAAUUUACCUCUUAUUAUUUUUGCUUAUUUGGUUUACUGUGUACUGAAGUGUUUCUGUACUUUAUUAUCAACUUGAUACUGAAUUGUAUUUGUAAAUAGUACCAUAUAUUGUAAUAAAACUAUAUUA